CGCUUGUAUCUAAUUGUUUUUGAAUUUCACGCUUUAUAAUGUGGCAUACUGCAUAAUAUUUGUUAUAUCUAUAAAUGUGACACAAAUUCUAUUUGUGGGGAAAAUGGUUGGCCGAAAAAAAUGCACGAGCUUGAAGAUUUCCAUUCACCAAGAGCUGUUUUGAUGUCGAGACCUUUGAAUGGUAGUACUUUUAUUGUCACGAAAGUCAUUGUUAUAGAACAAACUUGGAGCAUGAUGCUGGACAGUGACACCACUGGGACUAAUGAGUCGAAUAUUUCGCCUAGGAAACAAUUAUGGAUCAAAGCGGUGAAGAAGCUGACCUCGGAGAGAUUGGGAAGGGAAAGUCUGGCAGCUUGGGAUGACCGGAAGCAGAACGCUGACCCUGAGAUGACGGAUAUGAAGGAAAUGGACAAGGAGAAAGAAGCUCUUGAUACUCCAGUUGAACCGGAAGUUAUUGUUUCUGAACCAACCGAAAAAGAUGAAGAAGCUGAAAUCCAACCAGAUGUCUUUAAGAAAGGAAUUCUCUACAAGGGAAUUUUUUGUCCAUCGCUCACCAACAGCUUUCACAAUAAACAAAUGGAAAUGUCGUAUCUUCAUUAUUCGAAUCGUCAACGGCAGAAAUCUCUCAUUAUGCUCAACAUUUUCGAUCUUGGAUUGAAGAUCGCACUUAUGUCAAUAUGGCUGUGGAGAAGGAAAGCCACCGAGGGUCUCGUAGAGUCUUUAUCCUGGACGGUUUGCUGUAUGGCAUCUAAUUUGUUAGUUUGUGCACUUGGAUGGUGGCGUUGUUUCCCGAAUAAUUAUUUAUACUGGGCUUCUAUCUUUACCUGGCUUCUCAUCAAUUCCCAAGGUUUCAUAGUAGCUGGACUGGAUUUUUCUACUCAACUGCGUUUGACGUGGUACAUUUUACUAGUCGUUUAUGCUCCUUACGCUAUGCUUCCUCUUCCUCUAAGAUGGUGUGUUCUUGCUGGUUUCGGAACAGCCUUCACUCACCUGUUCAUGGCCAUCGUAACUUUGGCAGCAGAUACCAGAUUUAUAAAGUUUCAGGACUUGGUCUGCAUUGUAAGAAUGCUAUCGACGAACGUCCUGCUCUAUUUUGCUGUCAAUUUGGCUGGAAUGUACACAAAAUAUCUAACAGAUAGGGGACAACGUCAAGCCUUUCUGGAAACACUUCGCUCGAUGGAGACUCGGCAAAGAACUCAGAGCGAAAACAACCGUCAAGAACAGCUUCUUCUUUCUGUAUUGCCUGAUUUUGUUGCAAAGGAAAUGAUUGGAGAUAUAGCUAGAGAAACUGCACGAGGUGGCCCAAUUUCUUUUACACCAAAUCAAUUUCACAGGAUAUACCUCCAUCGCUAUGAAAAUGUCAGUAUUCUUUUCGCUGACAUUAAAGGAUUUACAGCUUUGGCGAGUCAUUGUAGCGCUCAGGAAUUAGUCAAAGUUCUGAAUGAUUUGUUUGCUCGUUUCGACAAAUUAUCAGCUGAAAAUCAUUGCUUGCGAAUAAAACUCCUAGGAGAUUGUUAUUAUUGUGUAUCUGGUUUGCCAACUGCAAGGAGUGAUCAUGCUCAUUGCUGUGUCGAAAUGGGAUUACAUAUGAUAAAAGCAAUUCGAGAUGUCAGAUAUACGACGAAGGUGGAUUUAAACAUGAGGAUUGGAAUUCACAGUGGAUCAGUACUUUGUGGGGUACUGGGUCUUAGAAAAUGGCAAUUCGAUGUCUGGUCUUAUGACGUUACACUUGCAAAUCACCUGGAAAGUGGAGGAGUUCCUGGGAGAGUUCAUAUAUCAAUCGACACAUUGGAAUGUCUGGACGGUGUCUACGAAGUUGAACCAGGUUAUGGAGUUGAACGUGACAAUUAUUUAAAAGACAGAGAAGUCGAAACGUAUUUGAUCAAACAGGUCGAACCGCAACGAACCAGGCGAAGAUAUUCGGCACGACCAAAAAUUUGCGCAGAGGACGAUAAAAACAAAAAGAGUCUCAAAGUUAAUAAUUCAUUAGGGGUCAAUAAUCCUUCUGGAAAUCCUCCUGUUGAAGAUGAAAUUGGCGUCGACUGGAUACCAGAGAUACCUUUUGGAAAUUUAAACAGUGCAACGUCUGUUAGCAAUUUAGAAUCAGAAUACUUAGAAGAUGAAAAUGGACCUGCUAAGAGUGUUAAAGAUGCAUCUACUGACGGAAGUCAAAAAUGUCCAAAAGCUGCUGGAAUUGAAUUUGCUAGUAAUAAGCGAAUGAGAUCUGCAAAUAUUAAUACCUGGACCCUAAGGUAUAAUGAUGAAAGUUUGGAAUCAAAGUUUUGUCAACUUCGAGAGGACAUGUUCAAAUCGAAUAUGAUCUGCUGUUUCGUUAUUUGGUUGUUCAUCGCAGUUUGUCAAGCCAUCAUCCUACCCAACUGCAUUAUUCUUUUGAUCUCGCUGGUACUCACAACUUUAAUUUUAAUUGCUUCAUCUGUUUUGGUGAUGGCAGACGAGUUUAAAUCACUACCAACAUUUUUGAAACAUUCUUCUUCAACACUCGUCCACAAUAAACAACGUCGGACAAUGUUUAUCUGCAGUCUGAUCAGCCUGAUGGCUUUUACUUCAGUAAUCAGUGUCGUAGCUUGCCCGGCUGGUCGGGGAAAAUAUUCCGAAAUUUUGGUUCCUAAGGAAGCAGUUGAUAACUCCACCGAGAGACCUGAAUAUCCUAGCCUAGACAGAUUAAUCCUAAGUUUUCUCGAAACUGCCUUGGCCCCUGAUGGAUCGGACACUUCUGAAAUGAAAAAGAGACAGUCCAAAAUUUUCUCUAGCCUCGGAUUAAUCGAUAAUGGAAAUAUCGUCCCUCAAAGUCCAAGAAGAGAUUACUUCAGCUAUAAAAAAUUUCGAACGUCUGGUCCAUGGAGGCACCAAAGAAAAUAUAUGAGAAAACACAAACUGGAACAAGAGAUGCACUUUUUAGCGUCUAGGAAGAUUUUGUCAUUGAGCGAGAACGAUACUUAUUUUGUGCACGAGGAUUAUAAAGGGGAAAAUUGUAUUCGUCCUGAGUAUAUAGUUUUUACCUGGAUUUUGUGUUUAAUAGCAUUGGCUUCGUCAUUAAAAUUAUACUAUCUGGUGAAAACUGCCCUCGCGAGUGCGAUUGUGCUGAUAUAUGCGAUUCUGAUAUUUAUUAUAUAUCCGGAUCUAUUUCCUACCACUUAUGAAGAAAAUGACAAGACAGCGAUACCUCUCUCAGCACAAAUGCUAAUUUUUCUCAUCGUUUUUCUGGUGAUGGUGACUUAUCAUGGACGUUUGGUAGAAGUAACGUCGAGAUUAGACUUCUUGUGGAAACAACAGGCUGAGCGGGAGCUUUCUGAUAUGAUUGAAUCAAAACAUAAUAAUAUGCAGCUCCUGAAAAACAUUUUACCUGAUCAUGUGGCUAAUCAUUUUCUGACUCAAGAUCGAGCACCUGAGGAAUUGUAUUCUCAGUCACGAGACAAAGUUGGAGUGAUGUUUGCAAGUGUACCAAAUUUCACAGAAUUCUAUUCUGAAGACGUGAACAAAGGAAUGGAAUGCAUUCGUUUACUAAAUGAAAUUAUAGCCGAUUUUGAUGAGUUACUCGAUGAAACGAGAUUUCACUGCAUCGAAAAAAUAAAAACUGUCGGUGCAACUUAUAUGGCAGCUUCAGGAUUAAAUCCAUGUCAUAUUGAUAAAAGUAUGGACGAAAUGGAACAUCUCUGUCGAUUGGUGGAUUAUGCAGGGGCUAUGAGAAGUCGCCUAGAAGACGUGAAUGUUCAUUCUUUCAAUAAUUUCGACUUGAGGGUGGGAAUUAGUUGCGGCCCUUUGGUUGGAGGAGUUAUUGGUGCCAGAAAACCAGUAUAUGAUAUCUGGGGAAAUACUGUCAAUGAAGCUUCUCGUAUGGACUCUACGGGAGAGAUGGGAAAAAUUCAAGUACCUCGAGAAAUUGCCAGGUUUCUACAGUCGAAAGGCUACCAAACCAAAAGACGGGGCCUCGUUGAUGUAAAAGGAAAAGGUACCAUGGAGACAUAUUUCGUCCUUGGAAAAGGAUCUCUGCAACCUGCAGGACCUUCCAGACACAGAAGCGCGUGUCGAAGCUUAGCAGCUGUCGUUUAUGGUGUCGUGCAAGCAAGACGCAAACAAGUUAGCACCAUCAGGCGAUAAUCAUCAAUUCUGUAUAAAACUAUUCUAUUUCUAAUAGUAAGUACUAUUAACUAUAUGGCUCGGAUCGUCUAGAAGACAUAACAAAAGUCGCAACAAAAUAUGAAAGAUAAUGAAAAAGAGCAGUAUUAGACACUGAAUAACUGAAAUACACCUGGCACUCGGUUUAGCCAUUCGCGAUUUAGUAGUUCCUAGAACUGCUGGUCCACACACUUUCUCAGCGCGCGGGGCGAGAGACGGUUGCGACUUUUCCCUAAAAAACACCAGCAACGUAGCGAAGAGGCGCAUUGCGUGUAUAUUCACAUGCGGAAAUUGCGCAAUAUUAUGUAUUCCAAUUGGUAUCGGUUCAGACUGCCCUGACUUUUGACGUUUCGAUAUUCCCGAUUUAGCAACAAAGCUACUUCAGGGUGGCCAUUUUUUUUAACUUUCGUCUCCCGGUUUUCCCGGUGAAUAUUCGUGAUUUUUCCCGGUUUAUAAAAAAAUUAACUUUCUUUGCAAAACCCACAGUUUUUUCACAUAUAUUAUAAAUUGCGGAAGUCGAUAAAUGCCAAAAAACCUUUUUGCAAGAAAUUAAUUGAUUUUUAAAUCAUAUAAUAAGAACUCUAGCAGAAAAUACACACGCGCUAAUCGCGCGUUCCAGUCUCUGAAUUUUUAUUUACUAACAUGAAAAUAUGCAAAUUUAAAAAUUCAUUAUUAAACCAAUUUUUCAAUAUAAGUUUUUAAAUGUUUUUGAAAUAAUAGUUAAUAAUGAAUAAUUUCGAAAUGCAAGAUCUUGAAAUUUAAAAAAAUAUACCAACGAUUUUAGACAAUUUAGAUAGAAUAAGGAGUUGAAUUGUAUAAUUUCCAAGUCGAAGCGCUAAAAAUUAAAGAAUUGUUAUUUGAUUUGGAGAAUCACGAAAUUAGAAUGAUCUUAGAUUAAAAACUUUAAAAUAUGACAAUGUAAAAACGUUGAAAAUUGUAUAGUUAAAAAUUAAGAGUAACUGAA